GUUGAAGCUACAGAAGAAACCAAACCAGAGCCUUCUUCUUCUUCCAUUCUCACUCUCGCUCACUUCGAUUUCUCUCAGUCUCAGUCUCAGUCUCAGUUGAUUAUCGUUCAAGAAACCAAAAAAAUCUUCAAAAAGCAUCCAUUUUUGGGGUUUUUAUUGUAAGUUCAUGUGAAUUGCUAACAUGGGUAGGUGCUGAUUUUGUGUUUUCAUGUGAACCAAAAAGAAAAACACGCUCCUUCUCUUCUCUCACCACGAAAAACACGCUUUGUUCUCUCCCUCUGUUCUGUACACGCUCUGCUCUCUCCCUUUGUUCUCUCACUCUCAGUCUCACGCCUCCGCCUGUCCGCCAGCCGCCUCCGGCCUCCCCCAGUCGCCAGUCCCCCUGCUCCUUGCUCCUGCAGUCCUGCCUCUGCCUCAAUCAAAACUCAAAAGCCUCACUGAUAUUUAAAGUCUGGAUUCGCCCCUGGUGGUGGUGCUGGAACUGUCCCCAACUCCCCAUUUCUUUGUAUCGUUGCAGAAAUGCCAGGAGAUGUUGUUCACCUCCGUCCUUUGUUUGGGGGGGAAAUAUCAAGCACGUUCCCCAACAGGUUCCAGGAUGUGAGCAACAUUCGCGAUGUCCCGGAUCAUCAGGAGGUGUUUGUGGACCCGAGUCGUGAUGAAAGCUUGAUCUUUGAGCUUUUAGAUUUUAAACAUGAUGUUGCUGAUAAUGGAAGUGCUGCAUGGUUUUUUCAAGACCUUGCUAGGGAGCAGGAUGCUGAAGGAACUGUGGUUAUUGAGCAGUCUGGAGUUCUUGAAGCACCUGGUUUGACACACAAUAAUAUACCUACUGUUGUAACAACAGCAGUGGGCCAAAUGGCAAUUUCUAAGGGACGUCAAGGAAGGGAAGCACAAAAUAUUGUGAAGGUUUAUUUGGCAAAUUUGCGUCUUAAAGGUGUUGACACUGAUGUGCUAAUCACUGCAUACGAGCCCAUUGUUAUAAACCCUUUGAGCGAAAGUGCAGACACAGUUGGUGCUGGCCUAGCCGUUCCUGCUGCUCAAGCUGGAUGCAUGUCCAUGGAUGAAGUCAUUAAACUGGCUGUUACAAACUUCAAGGUUUAUGACUGGGGUCUUUUUGGUCCCUGAUCCUAGGUGUGCUAGGAGCAUGUUGAUGCGAAGCUAUAUGGACUCGGGACUUUCCACAUUGCUACUUGAGUGAAAAUUUUGAAGAAUAGGUUUCAUCCCCAUUUUGAUCAUUCCUGAUGAGUUUUUUUUUUUUUUUUUUCUGUAGGCCAGUAGUACUUUGGUUUAGCAUUUUCUCUUAUUUAAUCUAGUAGUUGUGAUAGAGACCUAAAAUUAGAGUGGGCUUACUGUUAGUGGGCUUAGUGUUAGUGGGCUUAUAGCCUAUAAAUAAGGGAUUACUAGGAGAGUUUAAGCAUCUUUUGGGAUCAUUAGGUAAUUGGGACUUGGGAGAGAGUAGAGCCUCUCGAAUGCUCUACAACUUUUGUAAUCUUCCUUCUAAUUCCUAAUUGGGAAUUAGGUUCACUAUCAAUAUUAUCCUUUUCAGUUCUUCUGA